CUUAUAACUAUAAAAUGAGCAGUGUCUGCGCUUCUUCUUUUCUUUACAAUUGGAAAAGAAACCAUUCGCCAUGGAAUGCCUGGUGAUGCUGAUAGCAGCUCUUUGCGCACUACCCAUGACAGGUAACAUUAUUUUUUAUAGGAUAUAAUAGAAUUAUCUUUUACAGGUGAAAUACUGGCAUUCUUGGUGAAGCACUUGUAAAUGUAGAGAACAACUGUCACUUCCGAGAGAAAAAUUAUGCCUGGUGCAAAUGUAGGCACACAAUAUUUGGGAAAGUGACAGUUCCUCUUUAAAGGAACAUGAUAGCAUUAGAAAUACAAACAUGUAUUCCUAAUGCUAUAAUGUCACAUCACUGUUUCGAUUCAGACUCCUUCUCCCCAAGUUAAGUUUAAAAAAAAGUUUUUAACUUACUUUUUAUUAAGCACUGAGACUUACUCAAUGCAGACACCCACUCCACUUACAAUAAUGUGAUCUGGCAGGUGUUGCAUCUUGGUCUUCCCACCCAACGCUCCUAAUGAGCAGCAUUGAGGACGGGAAGGGCAUUUGAGCAGGUGAGAUAUUCGUCCAGUUAAAUACUUUUAUAGGGAACAUUGAAUUCUAUUCCUUUAGUGGUCUUUUACGAUAUCUAAUAUGUGUAUGCUUUUUUUAAUUGGAGGACAGUUAAUUUAUCAACUUUAAAGGUUGAGCUAUUCAGCUGCUAUAGGAUUGAGAUUAUCAACACCAACAGUGUCUUUAAAAGGGAAUUGACACUGCCAAGGAUUUUUAUUGUUAUGUUUAAAAGAAAAUGGAGCAUCACAUAAAAAAUAGUUUAACACAAGUUAUUUUCAAUGUUUUAUUUAAUUGUGUAAAUUCCUGAGAAGUGACAGUUCCACAUUAAAUGAGAAAAAUAUUAUAUUUUAAAAAUACAUUCGCAUAUACAAAAUAUAUAUCACUUUAUUGCUGAAAAAGUUAGGAAAGCUGUGAAAUAAUGAAUUUGGAAGGCAAUAUUGUCCAUUUUGGUCUAGCAAUAUCAUAGUAUCCAUGCUCACCAUAAAUAUGGUAACAUAAGAUCGUAACAUGUGAUGGAAACAGACAAAUGCUUCUGCAUCCUCAAGCACAAAAUCAUAAGUUUUAUGAAUACGACAGCAUCCUGCUUUGGGAGAUGGAAAGUAGAUAUUCUUUAAUGAUACUUACAGGUAAUCAUUAACACUUAGUAACAUUUAGCCUUUAAUCACUUAUUUUGUAAUUGUGAAGAAUUAACAAAAGCAAUUGCAAAUUUUUUGAAAAACACAAAUUAGCAUCUUUCACAAAUCGUGAGGGCAGAUCCCAUUAAACAGCAAUGCUAAAAGAUCUAGAAAACCUGUCUAAAAAGUGAACAACAUACUUUUAUAGAUAAUCCCAUAUCCCAAACAGUAAAUAAAAUUGAAAAGAGAAAGCAUUCAGUGAUGACCAGAAAUAAAGUUGCAGAGCUUUGGGUAAACUGAGUUAAGUCUAAGGGAGUGAACAGUGUGUUAAGUAUAAUACAUAGGUGUGUGCAGCCUAUUGCAUUAGGGUGUGCACCCUAAAGCACAAGCACACGCCGCAUAUAUAUAUAUAUGUUUGUAUGUAUAUAUAUAUAUAUAUAUAUAUAUAUAUAUACACACACACACACACACACACACACACACAUACACACACUGCUGUGUGUGUGUGCUGUGUGAGGGUGCUGUUAGUGUGAUGUGUGCGUGACGUUGCUGGUAGUGUGCCAUGUGGGUGAGGGUGUUUGUGUGUGCGCCCUUGUGAGGGUGCUAUUAAUGUACUGUGUGUGAGAGUGCUGUUUGUGUGUGUGUGCGCUUGUGAGGGUGCUGUUAAUGUACUGUGUAUGAGGGUGCUGUUUGUGUGUGAGGGUACUGGUAGUGUGCUGUGUGUGUUUGUUAGGGUCCUGUUUGUGUUUGUGAGGGUACUUUUAGUGUGCUGUGUGUGAGGGUGCUGUUUGUGUGCUGUGUGUGAGGGUACUGUGUGUGUUUGGGUGGGUGCUGUAUGUGUGUGGGUGCUGUAUGUGUGUGUUGGUGCUGUGUAUGUCUGUGGGUGCUGUAUGUGUGUUGGUGCUGUGUAUGUGUGUGGGUGCUGUAUGUGUGUAGGUGCUGUGUAUGUGUGGGUGCUGUGUAUGUGUGUGCUGUAUGUGUGUAGGUGCUGUGUAUGUUGUGGGUGCUGUAUGUGUGUAGGUGCUGUGUAUGUGUGUGGGUGCUGUAUGUGUGUGGGUGCUGUGUAUGUGUGUAGGUGCUGUGUAUGUGUGUAGGUGCUGUGUAUGUGUGUGGGUGCUGUAUGUCUGUGGGUGCUGUAUAUGUCUGUGGGAGCUGUAUGUGUGUGGGUGCUGUACGUGUGUAGGUGCUGUAUGUGUGUGGGUACUGUAUGUGUGUGGGUGCUGUAUGUGUGUGGGUGCUGUAUGUGUGUGGGUGCUGUAUGUGUGUGGGUGUUGUAAGUGUGUGUGCUGUAUGUGUGUAGGUGACUGUGGGGGGUGGAGGUGGGGGUACAUUACUUGAUAUCCCCCUCCAUUCUUACCUUAUGUAGGGAGGGGAGAUUGUGCUGCUGCUUUCCCUGGUGGUCCAGUGGAGAGUGAACUCUAGCCCCUGUGGGGCUAGAGUUCACUCUCGUGAGAUUUGAGCAUUGCCGUGGCAAUGCUCAUAUCUCGCGAGAGGAACCCGGCGGAGCUGCCGGCAAUAGCUCCCCGGGUCCUCUCCCGCCCCCCUCCCUGCCUGUGGGUCGAUAGGUAGGGAGGCUGAGAGCAGAGCCGGCGCUCGGAUAGCGCCGGCUCUGAAUGAGCCGACAGGGGAGAUCCUGAGAUCUCCCCUGCUGGUCUCAAUAUACAUAGGUGUGCCGCGGGGAUUAGGGUGUGCCCAGGCACACCCGGCACACCCAUGGUAUAAUAUAUACUUAUCCUAAUAGUAAACAGGACAGCCUCCUACUGAUCACCUCCCAGAUGGUGAUCUUACAUAAAAUAGGAAUAAAAACAACAAAACAUGGGAAAUGGCUUUAUAGUAAGAUUGAAGAUAUAAACGCAUUCAAAGGGUUCAUCCUCCGAUGGUGUUGGGGGGGGCUGUAAAACAGAUUUAUUGCUGUGUCAUUGUUGCAUGCUGCUGUUAUACAUAUUGAUUUUUGGUUCCUGAGGAAGUCCAAUUGCACUUGGAUGAAACGCGUAGAACCAGUCCUGUUUUUAUUUAAUUGGUGUAUUUUCACCUUUUAUAAAUAAAGUUGAAUAUAUUUUUUACCACCAUCUUCUGGAUUACGAUUCUUAAAGGAGUGCACACGGACCAAAGCAUGGGUUUACAGCCCCCCAACACCAUCGGAGGAGGCACCAUUUGAAUGCUUUUUUAUCUUCAAUCUUAUUAUAAAGCCAUUUCCCAUAUUUUGUUGUUUCUAUUCUUAAGUCUAAAGGAGCCUGAUCUCUUUAUGACCUUGUAUCCUCAGAUUUAACACAGUACUUAUCACCAGAGAGGACUGUGUACCUGCAGGCACAUCCAAUAAAGCCUGCAGGUACACAUACACACUAAACCCACACCGUUACACACACAAGCUACACACACUACACAUGCUGUUACCCAAAUCCACACUAUUACACAGACAGACUAAUACCUACACCCACAGUUACAAACACAAAUUAUGACACAGACAUUAGACAUGUGCAAUUUGUUUCAUUCCGAAUGUAAAUUCAAACAAAUUUCGGGCAAUUUAGGACAUUCGGAUGCUUUCAAUUGCUGAAGUACCAAAGUCCAAAUUUCAGAAAUGCCGAACUGAACCAAAUUGCCAAAUUUCGGAAGUGACCAGGUGCUUCGGUUUUCUUGACCAAUAAGCUAGUUCCUUGCACUGGGAGCCCUUUAGAUGUGUAAGUGGUUGUGGUGGUUAGGGUUAGGGGUACAGUUAGAGAGCCCUACCGAAUACCAAAGUUCCGAAGUUCCAAAUUUCAGAAGUGCCGGACCAAACCGAAUUGCCGAAGUACCACAAUUUUUUUUCUUACCAGAAUUUCCUAACCGAACUGAAUUUUUUGCCCAUGCAAAUCCCUAACAGACAUACACACAGACCUAUAUACUUACACAUACAAAUUCACACAAUUAUCUGUCUACAGGUACACACGAUAAACAUGUAAAUAUUGAUGCUGCUAAUAGAAUGCAUGUACACUUAUAACUACUUUUCACUGUGCCUUACUGAAAUUGUUACAUCAACAGUUGGAUUUCGGAUUGUUGGAGGGCGUGAAGCCAGAGCACAUUCCAGACCUUACAUGGCAUCUCUGCAGAUUGCAGGCAAACAUUUCUGUGGUGGGACUCUCAUCAAUAAAAAAUGGGUGUUAACUGCAGCACACUGCAUGGAGGACACGUAAGACAUUAUGAAUUACAUAAUACAUUGCACCAUAUGCUCCAGCAACCUAUACCAUCCUAAAUCAUACAGUUUCUCUGCAUGUAACGAUAAGCACAGAUCAAAAUGAUGAUAUAUAACAAACAGUUUAGCUUAACGGCACAUCAGUUUAUUUCUACUUAAAGCCAAUCUGUUUGCCUCUAUUGAAUCAGCCUUCAUUUACCAAACUUUAUGUUGAUUUUUUUUGUAUUUAUUUGAUUCUUGGGAGCUCUUUUGGAGGAUAUUUUAAAGGAACACUGUAGGCACCCAGACCACUUCAGCUAAUUGAAGUGGUCUGGGUGAAACGACCCUUGCACUUAGUGCUGCAAUGUUUAACAUUGCUGUUCCAGAGAAACUGGAGGGCUUCCUCAAUAGAAACGGGUCUUUAGUGCAUGAGGACCUCCAGUAUCAGGUUUUUCCCCAUAGAAAAGCAUUAAUUCAAUGCUUUCCUAUAGGCAGAUCUAAUGUGCGAGUGGCAUUUGCAGCGCAUGCGCAAUAGCGCCCGCUCAUCACGGACUGUAGGAGGGGGCGGAGCAUCAUUGCAGCGCCAAGGGACAUUGGAGCUGGAAAAAGGUAAGUAAAUAAAGGUUUCAACCCAUAUUUACCAGGGAUUGGAAGAGUUGUUGGAUUCAGCGCUUUCUGACCAUUAGAUAGCUAGAAAAAAGAAAAGGUAAAAAGGGCCGUUUGUUCCCUCACAAACCAUCAAAGGAGUACCCAAUGUAAAAACAGAUAAGAGAGGUCACGCCACACAAAUAAUAUGUAUGUUAAAACCAAUGGUUACUUACAUAAAAUGCUAAAAAGGGAACAGAGUCCUGAAUGAAAUAAGUAAAAUAAUACAAUUAUAUAGUCCAAGUUGACUGAAGAAAUAAAUCCAAUGUCCAAAUGGCGUAGAGGCAUAAAAACAGAAAAAGAAAUUCCAAUAGUGUAAAACCGUAGAUACCAGGCGGAAUAUGAUAGUAGUAGUAGUACUUCUCUUACUCACCUAGUCGAGAGGUGGAGCCAGCUCAUGUGUACACCGCAUUCAGUGGCGUUGAUCCCCCACUGGUAGGAUAUAGGUGUUGGUCAGCAGGUAAAGAUCCUCAAUAUGUGGAAGGAAAAGAUAACCAAUAGUGCUCUCUGUAUAGAAUAGCAGGAGGUUGGUAAUUUAAAAAGGUAUUACUCACAUGCGGGUGAGCAUGAUAUGCUGCUCACUUUAGAAGCGUAAAAAAAAGUAUAAUCCCACCUAGGAUUCUUGAGUGAGUGGAAAUUCCAGAGUUAUAGUAUGACUAGGUUAUAAAAUAAUAAAAAGUAAUAUGAAAAAGGUAUAUGGCAUAGGCAGAGUAUUUUGGGCCAAUAUUCCUUUAAUGAUGUGAUUUAAAAAAAGUAAGAACAGUAAAAACAGCCAAAACGUGUUUCGCCACACAGUGCUUUUGUUUUUUCUAGUGUAAAUUUUAGUGAUGCUAUAUAUAUAUAUAUAUAUAUAUAUAUAUAUAUAUUUUAAUCACCCUUAUAUUUCCAAACAUCUCAGUAUGGUCAAUUAUGUUUCAUUUUAAAUCGUCUCAUAGCAUCACCAACAGUUUUAAACAAAAUGCAUUUCUCUACACACUUUUGUAAUAGAAAUCUCAUUUUAUUUCACGUUCUUUAUUAAUUCCGAUUGAGCUGUCUUUCCGCUUGUGUCUGGGAACUUCAUUUCGAAGUGUUCAUCCGUAAGGUGACGCGCAUGCGUGCUGCUCUCACCUUGCGGUCUGCCCUCCCUCCUGCAAAGAGGCUCGCAUUGCUUAGACUGCCCUCGGCAAUUGUGCCGAUACACAAUCCAGUGGGAGUAUACAUUACCCCCAAGCUCCCUCUGCUAGUCACGUGGAAAAGCGAGUCAUAUUCUGAUUGUGCGCCACCUGACCGCUCAUUUGCAUUUUAAAUUUGUUUUUAAGGUUAUAACACUUUUGUUUUAAUAAACAAGUUACAUACUUAUAUUGUGUACAACUACUUUAUCAUCUUUAUAUGAUUUUAGUUUUGUUUUACAUUUUACGCUUUAUAGAAUUGUGACGUCAUUUUGGCGCCAAAAUUUGAAUAAUUUAUUAUUUGUAAGUGCCUAAAUAAAGUACCACCAGGUUAUGUUUUUAUUGCCAUUUGAUAAAGCCCUGUGUGGCGAAACACGUUUUUACUGUUCUUACUUUUUAAAUUCACAUCAUUAAAGGACCACUAUAGUGCCAGAAAAACAUACUUGUUUUCCUGGCACUAUAGUGCCCUGAGGGUGCCCCCACCCUCAGGGACCCCCUCCCGCCCGGCUCUGGAAGGGGGAAAGGGGUAAAAACUUACCUUUUUCCAGUGCUGGGCAGAGAGCUCUCCUCCUUCUCUCCUCCUCCGUUCCGCCCCGUCAGCUGAAUGCGCACGCGCGGCAAGAGCUGUGCGCGCAUUCAGCCGGUCGCAUAGGAAAGCAUUAUCAAUGCUUUCCUAUGGACGCUUGCGUGCUCUCACUGUGAAAAUCACAGUGAGAAGCACGCAAGCGCCUCUAGUGGCUGUCAAUGAGACAGCCACUAGAGGAUUAGGGGGAAGGCUUAACCCAUUAAUAAACAUAGCAGUUUCUCUGAAACUGCUAAGUUUAUAAAAAAAAUGGGUUAACCCUAGCUGGACCUGGCACCCAGACCACUUCAUUAAGCUGAAGUGGUCUGGGUGCCUAGAGUGGUCCUUUAAAUGAAUAUUGGCCCAAAAUACUCUGCCUACGCCAUAUACCUUUUUUAUAUUACUUUUUAUUAUUUUAUAACCUGGUUAUACUAUAACUCUGGAAUUUCCACUCACUCAAGAAUCCUAGGUAGGAUUAUACCACCCACGCUUUUAAAGUGAGCAGCAUAUCCUGCUCACCCGCAUGUGAGUAUAAUACCUUUCAAAUUACCAAACCCCUGCUAGUCUAUACAGAGAGCACUAUUGGUUUUUAUCUUUUCCUUCCACAUAUUGAGGAUCUUUACCUGCUGACCAACACCUAUAUCCUACCAGUGGGGGAUCAACGCCACUGAAUGCGGUGUACACUUGAGCUGGCUCCAGCUCUCGACUAGGUGAGUAAGUACUACUACUAUCAUCAUAUUCCGCCUGGUAUCUACGGUUUUACACUAUUGGAAUUUAUUUUUCUUUUUUUAUGCCUCUACGCCAUUUGGACAUUGGCUUAUUUCAGGACUUAUAGAUCAACUGGAUUCAUUUAUUUCUUCAAUCAACUUGGACUAUAUUAUUGUAUUAUUUUACUUAUUUUAUUCAGGACUCUGUUCCCUUUUUAGCAUUUUAUGUAAGUAACCAUUGGUUUUAACAUACAUAUUAUUUGUGUGGCGCGACCUCUCUUAUUCGUUUUUACUUUAUUUACCAGGGCAGGGGGCGCGAGGGAGGGGAAGGCAGAGGUCAUUCCUGGCACUAUAGUAUCCCUUUAAAUUAUACUGCAUACUGACCAUAAAAUGAUUUAAUAUAAUCUGCUGAUUAAACAAGCAGAAAUAAUAAAACACCCAUAUAUAUUUCAAAUAAAUUCAAUUGCAUACUUAUACAUUCAACAGUGUAUUCUGGUAAUCUGUAAAAAACUAAACACAUAUAGUGCAACACUGUGUUUAACAAAUUAUUUCCAACACACCCCUUUCAUAUGUGUUUUACUUUUCUUAACAGCUUACCAGACUAUGCUGUUGAAUGUGGAAGUACACAAAAAAUGAAUUUAUUUCUGCACCUUUUAUAUAUUUGUUUUUUUUACAGUCUUGAUAUAUGCUUACACCCUGUUCCAAAUUAUUAUGCAAAUUAUAUUUUUCUCAUUUACCUAAAUAAUUGAUGUAAAUAACAGUCAGCAUAAUUCUCAUGUUAUCAACUAUUAAGAGUACAAUUCAAAUUUUAUUGAACAAACCUCCUAAUGAUAACAGUAUUUUUUUUUUUAAAUCAUAAAAAACUUACAAUGCACUGUUCCAAAUUAUUACACACAGUAAGUUUCAAAAUACUUUAUAGGUUGUAAAGAACUGAAAAUUGGCAUUUGUUAUGUUUGCAGCAUAUUUACUGAAAUCAAAAGCUAGUUCAAUCAAACUUAUAACAACAUUUUAACUUUUUAAACAUUUUAACAGGUCACGUUACAUUUUAACAUAGGACCCCUUAUUUGAUAGCAGCUUCACAAGUCUUGCAUCCAUUGAACUUGUGAGUUUUUGGACAGUGUCUGCUUGAAUUUGUUUGCAAGAUGUCAGGAUAGCCUCCCAAAGCUGCUGUUUGGAUGUAAACUGCCUCCAACCCUCAUAGAUCUUUUGCUUGAGGAUGCUCCAAAGGUUCUCAAUAGGAUUGAGGUCAGGGGAGGAUGGAGGUCAUACCAUGACUUUCUCUCCUUUUAUCCCCGUAGCAGCCAUUGAUGCAGAGGUAUUCUUUGCAGCAUGAGAUGGUGCAUUGUCAUGCAUGAAGAUGAUUUUAUUACGGAAAGCAUAGUUCUUUCUUCUGUACCAGGGAAGAAAGUGGUCAGUCUGAAACUCCACAUACUUUGGAGAGGUCAUCUUUACACCUUUGGGGACCCUAAAGGGGCCGACCAGUUCUCUUCCCAUGAUUCCGGCCCAAAACAUGACUCCUCCCCCGCCUUGCUGACGUCGCAGCCUUGUUGGAACAGGGUGGCCGUCCACCAACCAUCCACUACUCCAUCUAGAUCAUCCAGUGUUGCACGGCACUCAUCAGUGAACAGCACUGUUUGAAAAUUAGUCUUCAUGUAUUUUUCUGCCCAAUGCAGCCAUUUCUGCUUGUGAGCAUUGGUUAGUGGUGGCCGAAUAGAAGGUUUAUGCACAGUUGCAAGACUCUGGAGGACUCUACACCCUGAUGUCCAUGGGACUCAAGAGGCAGCAGCAGCUUCAAAUAUCUGUUUGCUGCUAUGUAAUGGUAUUUUAGCAGCUGCUCUCUUGAUCCGGUGCAUGGAUCUGGCAGAAAUCUUCCUCAAUGUGCCUUUAUCUGCACGAACCCGUCUGUGCUCUGAAUCAGCCACAAAUCUCUUAAUAGUGCGGUAAUCACGCUUAAGUUUUCGUGAAAUAUCUACUGUUUUCAUACCUCAUCCAAGGCAUUGAACAAUUUCACUCUUUUCGGCAGCAGAGAGAUCCUUUUUCUUCCCCAUAUUGCAUGAAAAUGGUGCUCUGCUUAGUAAUGUGGAACACCCUCCUUUAGUAGUUUUUCCUUAAAUUGGGCUCACCUGGCAAUCUAAUUAUCACAGGUGUCCAAGAUUGUUUUCAGUGAUCAAAAAAGCCCUGCGACACAAUGCCAUCCAUGAGUUAAACUGAAAAACUAAAUAUUUAAUCUUUGUGACACUUAAAUAGAAUUUGCAUAAUAAUUUGGGACAGGGUGUAUAGAUAGCAACUAUUUUUUAUGGCUACUGCAUGAUUGCAAAUUGAAGAUUAUGCUAGCUUUAGUGUACUAAUAAUCUUAAUUUUAAUAAUGACAGGAGGCUUUGUAUUUUGCAUAAUCUCUCUUUACUAGCUCCACACACCAGCAAAGAAACAGAACCAAUCACAAGAGAGUAGGAUAUACAUAAGGCAUAGGGACCUCAUCAUUUCCUCUUUCAGAUAGCAACAUCAAACGGAAGUAAACAUAUAACAAGCAAAACAAUAACCCCCAAGUCCCACAUCCGAAGUAGCAAACUUCCAGAGAAUUCCAUACGAACAACAAAAAAGUCUUCACAGACGAAUCAUACUGAAAAGAGAAUGUGUGACAGAUUUAGACACAGUCAUGAACAUGUAAAUCCAGGUAACGUACCAUAUACAUCAUCCCAUAGAAGAAUAUUGUAAUUUACAAUCUGAUAACUGAAUAACUAUUAUGUAAAACUCCAAUGAGAAUUCCAGAUUAUUGUCAAUACAAUCAUCAAUGUAAGUACAAAACAUGAAAGGCAAACCUACCUUAGACCCGUGAUACAUACAAAGAAAUGAACAGAAAGGGUGGGUUAGCGAAGCAGGGAGGCAAAAUACUCGCCUCCUGUCUUUAUUAAAAUUAUUAGUACACUAAAGCUAGCAUAAUCUUCAUUUUUACAACAUGACAGGAGGCUUCGUAUUUUGCAUUUUUAACGCUGAGGAAAGAAUAGAAACCUAAGAAGAAUCCUAAAGUGCAACGAGAGACCUAGUACAUCGGGGUUAUGGGAGAAACCUCUCCGUCGAAGACCCGAACAUCCGGUACCUGACAGAAAGCCAGUAAGGCCAAGCAUAAAAGUCUGUCAGCAGAUGCCCAGUCCCAUAGAGAAAAUAGAGAAUUACCUUCACAUCCUAUAAGCCGGAGGUGGAGAUCACUGGGUAGUUGCUAAACAAGAGUCCUCAGACCGGGACACGGGCGGUUGAGCCGUCCCAAUCACCACAUAAUAGAUCAAGGUACAGUACCAAAUACCAAUCAGACCAGGAACGCCCAGAUGGAGAGGCAGCAUGGUCACGUCCCUGGGGCCCAAGAGACUCUCAUUCUGUGCCCUGUCAUGCAUUGUGGCAAUUGAAGAAAACCACAUUCUGGCGGUCCCUCUGAUAUGAGUCUCCCUCGGGAGACAGUCCGACCUAGUGGUUCUGCAAGGAAGGCUGGAAUCGAGGAUGCCUUUCAUGAUGUCUGACAGAAGGCGGGAGUUGGUUUCAUCCAGGCAAAUGGCAUACUGGACUGUCGACGCUCUGUCCAUCUGUAGUAGGAUGUAACAGAAGGAGUACUUCUUUACCAGUCUACGGAUAGUGAAGUAUUGCCCGAAUAAUUCUAGGUAUACAAUGUGUAGGGUCACGGUGUUGCAGUGGAGGACCGUGUGAAUAUUCCUUGAGGAUAGAGGAGACAUUUGAAGAGGGGGAGCUUCCGUGUGCAAGAUGCGGAGUCGCUUGCGAAUCACAAAAAGCGGAUCAUCCACUAUGAAAUACGACGGUUUCAGUUGGACCUUGGAGAAUCGUGGGUGUUGACGAAGUCUUCAGUUCCCUGAAUCGACCCGAAGAAGAUGGUCCAGGAAGAUAAUGCCUCGCCUUCCCCACACGUAAUUAAACACUGGUUUCGGUAGUUUAAUGAAGCCCCCAAAGAUCCGAGGUUGAUCGUGUCACAGGAAACCUAGAUAGUGUCGCCAAGAGGGAUGGAAAAACGACCACCAUGAUGUGUCUUCAAAUCUAGUUUUGCAAGCCAGUUGCCUACGCGAAAGGGGUCCUUAUUAGUUUGCAUUCCUUCCACCUAGUUGCGAUGGAAUCUCCUGUGGGUGUAGUAGAAAGUAGAUUGAUGGUACCCUAGGGGCACUCCUCUGAGGAAAACAGUACCUAGCGCAUUUGUGCAUUCUGUUUUCUAUGUCCGAUCAUCUGGAGAACCAGAGGUUGACUCUCACUCUAUAUGGGUAAUAAAGUUAGCGAUAGCAGGGUACCGGGUCAGAUGUCCCAAAGUGGUUGGUGACAAGCCCCACUGUCGACCAGUCCCAAAGAACACCCCUUAUGGAGGUAACCAUGUAACACCCUCCCCCUGGAGGUUUGGGUCUUGAUGAGGGCAGCGGGACCAUAAACAUAUGUAAUAAGUUCCCUCAGAAAUUGUGCCUGGGGUCCUAAUGAUUUGGCACCCAGAUCCGCCAACCAUCCGUCAAUACGAAGGAGUGCUGCUAUGUGCAUCCCAUAGGAAAGACAAACACUGGGGUUUCUGACGAAAACAGAAACAUCUCUGAGCCCAUUCACAAAUAUCAUGAGCCCAUUUCUGGACGGUGUUGGUGACAUCUGGCAUCAUACCCAUGAUAGUGUCUAUAGAGUCCAGCAGUUAGUCCUGGGUGUCUCUGAGACUUUUCCUGACUCCCCUGAGGAGUCGUGGUCACCCAGAACCAUGAAGGACAUGAUCCACUGGUCAAGCGCAAUCGUCUGUGCCACUCUGUCCAAGAGGGAAGGGCAUGGGUCGUCCGACCGCAAGCGGUUAUGGACAUCUUUAUCUAGAGACUACAAAUCCACAGGUGCAUAAAGUAACCAGGUGAUCGAGAAGGGACCAGUCUCUCGAAUGUACGUGAUGGAUGUGUAGGUUACACAGCCAGUGACCAGUAGGGUCCAGGGUCGUUUCCGUGUCUUCUCAGUCAGUAGUUUGCAAGGCACUGUCAACUUCAUUACCUGGGGGUCCCCCAGAAAGAAAUAGGCAGGUAGGUUUAUCAUAGUAUGUGAUACCCAUGUGUAAGGCACAAACCAGUAGGCAGGCACAGGAUGCAGGGCAAACAGAUCAGCCUACCAUAGUAGUAGGCAGUGCUCACAGAAACCCCUGCUGGUUGUACUCUGAAUCGUGGCCAAAUAAAAUAGACUGGGGCUCACCCAGUAAAUAGAGGUUGCAACAGCAUGCCUCCGCUCAGCAGCACAGUGCAGCACACAUAUAGUGGAGCCUCACACUAGGAGCACAAGGUGUGAACCCGUAAGUGCUGGCCACAGCCCUGAUAGGAGAACUGAUUGAUGCUCUCUACCAUAAAUUCACUGUCAAUGAAGAUAUGCCUUUAAGCAAGCAGCGCUGAAAGCCUGUUCAGCAGUUAGUCGAGGCUGCAACAGCAUGCCUCCAUUCGGCAUUCCAGUGCAUCACAUGCGUAGUAGGGGCCUCACCCCGGGUGCACAGGGUAUGAGCCCUUAAGUGUGGCCACAGCCCUGAUAUAGAGCAUAAAUCAGUUCUCCACAAUGACUCACUGUCGAUAGAGAUAUUCCGUCAAGCAGGAAGUGUUGAAAAUGCUGUCCAGAGGGUAACAGGUUGCCCCAGUAUGGCUUCCCUCAGCUGAAUAGUGCGGCUCACAUAUAGUAGGAGCUGCACCCCGGGUGUACAGGGUAUGAACCCUUAAAUGCUGGCCACUGCUGCGAUAGAGCGCAACAAUCAGUUUCCCAACAAUUCAAUUUGUUGUCAAGGGAGAUAUUCCUUUAAGCAGGGCGUGCUGAAACUCCUGUCCGGCAGUUAACAGUGUGUCAUAGCAUGUCACCAUUCAGUAAUGCAGUGCACAUCUAGUAGGGGCCUCACCUGAGUGCACAGGGUAUGAACCCUUAAGUGCUGGCCAUCAGCCUGAUAGGGAGCUUCCCUCAGCUCUUCCAAUAAUGAAUGCACUGUCCUUCAGGCAGUAUGUCCUGGAAAUCAUAUCCAGCAGUUAACAGAGGCUGUAACAGCAUGUCACCAUACAAUAGCACAGUGUAGUAUAAAUAUAGUAGGGGCCUCACCCACAGGUUAUGAACUCUUCAGUGCUGGCCAUCAGCCUGAUAGAGAGCCUCCCUUAGCUCUUCCAAUAAUUAAUGUGUUACAGUUAAAGUGAGAAAUCAGUUAAUGUGCACAUUACCUAGUUAAUCUGCAGAUUAACUGAUUUGCUCAGUUAAAGUGUGGAAUCAAGAUUUUUCCGACUUUACCUAGGUAAUGUGCACAUUAACUGCUUCCGUCUAGUUAAAGUGCAAAAUGUUUGUUUCUUUCCCUCGGUAAAAAAGGAAAUUAUUUAUUACAAAAAACAACGUCCUUGCAGAACCUGUUUCACCCUUUCAGUGCUGUCUCUGCAGAGUCGUUCACUUCUCGUCUGAGGGCAGAAAGAUUCUGUGUGAACCUGUCUCGAUUCUUUUUGUGAGCAAGUUCCUUUCAAUGCCCUCCACCAUCAAAUUCUCAAAGCAUAGAUGCAUGGCUUGUUGCUUCUCAGAGGUGGCUGGCUACUAACAAUGCUGCUCCGUAAGUCCAAGAAAUACUUCUCUCAUUGAGGAGAAUGAGACAAAGGAGAGGUCUGCUUAUGGACCACUGAUUCCGACAGUCUUCAAAUAUAUGAUGAUAUAGCGAACAGUGGAGAGCAUUUGCUGGGAUCAUUUCAGGGUGUUGCUGCAUAAUGUGCAGGAAGCGCUCGCUCUCUUGUGGUGGUGGGGGCUCCUCGUUUCUUACAAGUUCAGGAUAAACUGUUUGAAGAGGUAUGUGACUAUAUGGUCCAGACAAGAACAGAACAGCAGCCUGUGCACACCAUGGUGUCCUCCAGAGCUGUGAGCCCCUCAGAGAGAUGGAGGACAGUAUGAUUUUUUUGCACUUUAAUGAGUACCUAGUAGGUAAUGUGCAGAUUACCUAGGUAAUGUGAGUAACAAAAUCAUUUUCUGCACUUUUACUGAUCGCCCUAGUUAAUCUGCAUAUUAACUAGGUAAUGUGCACAUUAACUGAUUUCUGCACUUUAACUGUAACAAAUGCACUGUCAUGAGAGAUAUUCCAUUAGGCAGUAUGUCCUGGAGAUCAUAUCCAGCAGUUAAGAGGCUGUAACAGCCUGUCUCCAUACAGUAUCACAGUGCAGCACACAUAUAGUAGGGGCCUCACCUCAGGUGCACAGGGUAUGAACCCUUCAAUGCUGGCCACAGCUUUGACAGAGAGCACUAAUCUGUGCUCAAACAGUUAAUGCAAGGUUAUUGGGGAUAUUCCUUUAAGUAGUAUGUCCUGGAAAUCAUAUCCAGCAGUUAACAGAGGCUGUAACAGCCUGUCUCCAUACAGUAUCACAGCGUAGUAAAAUAUAUAGUAGGGGGAAUCACUCCAGGUGCACAGGGUAUGAACCCUUUAGGGCUGGCCACAGCUCUGACAGAGAGCAGUAAUCUGUGUUCAAACAGUUAAUUCAAGGUUAUGGGAGAUAUUCCUUUAAAGCGGCACUGUCAUGCUGAACUUACCUUUCCUCAAUCUCUUCCUCUUCUCCCCCUCUCUCAGGAUCUGUUAUUCUUUUCUUCCUAUCUUCUUUAGUUUUCUUUAAAAUCAUAAGACAAAGUAGGGACUCUUUGCCUUAUGGAGGAUUCCUCCGCUUGACCAGCUCUGACCAGCGGAGGAGCAAAGUGUGCUUCAUUUCCGCUGGUCAGAGCAAUUUUCCCAUGAUCCUUACCUUCCCUCUGUGUUCCCACGAUGCUUCCUGUCACUUUACACUAAACUGCCGAAUUGCGUUCUAACUGAAUGAGAACAGUAUGUUCGUUUCUUUUAGAACGCAAUUCGGCACUUUAUUCGGAUCGGAAUUUCAUUCUAAUGAAUGAAACUCCGAUCCUAUUCAUUGCCGCGGCUGCAUCUUGCAGCCGCUUAGUAGAUAACUCCCUAAUUCCCACGGUAUCAGGGAGCUAUCUACUAAAAGGCUGAAAGACCUAAAUUGGUCUUUCAGCCAACUUUACUAAUACUAAGUAAAGAUUACUUAGUAUUAGUAAAUUAAAUGCCCCUACUCGCUAUACUCGCUAUAUAAAAAAACAAAAAACAAAAAAAAAACUAAUAACCCCCCCCCAUGCCCGUGGGGGCACUAAAUAAAGAUGGGGGGGACCUACUGUCCCACCUGGCCCCCACCCCUGAGCGGUGGGUGGGGGCCCUAAAUAAAGAUAUGGGGGGGAACUUCUGGCCCCCCCCCGCGCGGUGGGUGGGGGCCCUAAUAAAACAAUAAGGAAGGGGGACCUACUGUCCUCCCCCCCUGGCCCCCACCCCUGAGCAAAUGGUGGGUGGGGGCCCUAAAUAAAAAUAUGGGGGGGAACUUCUGUCCCCCCCCGGCUCCCACCCCUGCGCGGUGGGUGGGGGCCCUAAUGAAACAAUAAGGGGGGGGGACCUACUGUCCUCCCCCCCUGGCCCCCACCCCUGAGCGGUGGGUGGGGGCCCUAAUAAAACAAUAAGGGGGGGGGACCUACUGUCCUCCCCCCCUGGCCCCCACCCCUGAGCGGUGGGGGCCCUAAAUGAAACCCCCCCCAAUCAAGGUGACUAGGGGUCCCAAGCCCCUAGUCACCCCCCCCACCCAAAAAAACCUAUCCCCUACCUACCUCCCUCACAUUAAAAAUAGUGAGGGGGGAAUAAAGUAACUAACCUGUAAAAAAAAAAUUAAACUUACCAUUUGACGUCUUCUUUUUUCUAAAAUCCAAAAAGGCCAAAUAAAAAUCCAUUAUACCCGUCGCACUUUAAAAAAAAAAAGCGCAAAAAGGGCACGCCGCGUACUGAGCUCCGCAGGGCGGGUCAAGGCUAGUAAAGCCUUGCCCCGCCCUGCAAUUAGGCUUAGAACACUCUGAUUGGUGGGUUCAAGCCACCCAAUCAGAGUGCUCUGUGUCAUUUUACGCAGCAUGGGAAAGUUCUUUAGAAUUUUCCCACGCUGUGUAAAAUGACUCAGAGCACUCUGAUUGGCUUAAACCCACCAAUCAGAGUGUUCUAAGCCUAAUUGCAGGGCGGGGCAAGGCUUUAUAAGCCUUGACCCGCCCUGCGGAGCUCAGUACGCGGCGUGCCCUCGAAAGGCGAACAUGGAUUCAUUUUUUUUUGCGCUCGUUUUUUUUUUUUUUUAAGUGCGACGGGUAUAAUGGAUUUUUAUUUGGCCUUUUUGGGGGCUGAAGAAAGAAGAUUUUAGAAAAAAGAAGACGCAAAUGGUAAGUUUAAUUUUUUUUUUUUUACAGGUUAGUUAUUUUAUUCCCCCCUCACUAUUUGUAGGGUGAGGGGGGUAGGUAGGGGAUAGGUUUUUUUGGGUGGGGGGUUGGUGACUAGGGGCUUGGGACCCCUAGUCACCUUGAUUGGGGGGGGGGUGUUUCAUUUAGGGCCCCCACCCACCGCUCAGGGGUGGGGGCCAGGGGGGGAGGACAGUAGGUCUCCCCCUCCUUAUUGUUUUAUUAGGGCCCCCACCCACCGCGCAGGGGUGGGGGCCAGGGGGGAGGACAGUAGGUCCCCCCCCUUAUUGUUUUAUUAGGGCCCCCACCCACCGCGCAGGGGUGGGGGCCGGGGGGGGACAGAAGUUCCCCCCCAUAUCUUUAUUUAGGGCCCCCACCCACCGCUCAGGGGUGGGGGCAGGGGGGGAGGACAGUAGCCCCCCCCUUGUUUUAUUAGGGCCCCACCCACCGCACAGGGGUGGGGGCCAGGGGGGGAGGACAGUAGGUCCCCCCAUAUCUUUAGGGCCCCCACCCCCUCCCCAGAGGACACCUACUGUCCUCCCCCCCCUUAUUGUUUUAUUAGGGCCCCCACCCACCGCUCAGGGGUGGGGGCCAGGGGGGGAGGAAGUAGGUCCCCCCCCUUAUUGUUUUAUAAGGGCCCCCACCCACCGCGCAGGGGUGGGGGCCAGGGGGGGAGGAAGUAGGUCCCCCCCCUUAUUGUUUUAUUAGGGUCCCCACCCACCGCUCAGGGGUGGGGGCCAGGGGGGGGAGGACAGUAAGUCCCCCCUUAUUGUUUUAUUAGGGCCCCCACCCACAGCUCAGGGGUGGGGGCCGGGGGGGAGGACAGUAGGUCCCCCCCCCUCAUUAUCUUCAUGGCCCCCACCCGCCGCUCAGGCCACAGGCUGCUCACUGUUUAGUAGACAUGCCCCUACUCGCGGUAUAGCGAGUAAGGGCAUUUGGGAGAUUUUAAUCUCCCUUGUGCUAUUAUGGGGGUCAUAUUGACCCCAUAGAGUGAGAGUGGGACCUGGGGGGGCUUAUGAAGUGGUGGGGAGCACUGCUCCCUGCCGCUUCUAUAGUUACAUAUUACAAGGAGGGAGCUGCGUGCCGGUAGCUCCCUCCUUGUAAUAAACUGAACGAACAAACUAACACUGAUACAUUGUGUUAGUUUGUUCGGCUGAUCUUUCUAUUCACUCAUUCGUCUGUCUGAUGAAUGAAUGAAUAGAUGAAAUUCCCGUUCGCAUGUCCAGGUGUUUCACUGGGCAUGUGCAGGAAUCUAACAGUCUGUCUAGUGUGGGUUGAUGACGUGUCCCACAGGGACUUCAUCUACCCACACAAAGAUGGCGGCGCCCUGAAUCAAGAUCGGGGCAGAAAAUAAGGAUUAAAAAAUAGGUAAUGUGGGGGGCUUAGGGGCAUUUGAGGGUGACUAGUGGGUCAAUUGGAUGUAGUGGAGGCGGGAGGGGGGUUAAAAAAAAAACGGGAUUCGGCAUGACAGUGCCGCUUUAAGCAGUAUGUCCUGGAAAUCCUGUCCAGCAGUUAGCAGAGGCUGCAGAAGCAUGUCUCCAUACAGUAGCACAGUAUAAUAUAAAUACAGUAGGGGGCUUACCCCUUGAGUGCAGGCCACAGCCCUGACAGAGCACUAAUCCAUGCUCUAAUAGUUAAUACAAGGUUAUGGGGGUUAACAGACUGUAACAGCAUGUCUCCAUACAGUAUCACAGUGCAGUAUAAAUACAGUAGGGGGCUUACCCCAUGAGUGCAGGCCACAGUCCUGACAGAGAGCACUAAUCCAUGCUCUAAUAGUUAAUACAAGGUUAUGGGUGAAAUCCCUAUUAACAGCUUAUAUAAUUGGUCUAAUUCAACAUUAACAUGCAACCCCAGUAAGAUCCAAAAGCCCCCCAAGGCUCAGAGAAGUAAGAGCAAGGAGAGGAGAGGGCAGAAACCAAGAAUAAGGUAGAAACACAAUAAAUAACGUAGCAAAAACACAGCUGCACAUAGUACAGAAGCACAGCAAGAACAAACAGCAAAGUAUAUAAAUAUAAUACAGAAACAACCUCAAAAGAGGCAAUAUAAACAUAAAGUAAUGGAGAAGAGUAAUAAUCUGACCUGUCUGCUUGAUUGGAGCAGCAAAGAAAGAGGAAAUGAUGGUCACUAUGCCUUAUGUACAUCCUACUCUCUUGUGAUUGGUUCUUUUUUCUAUAUGUUUCUUUGCUGCUGUGUGGAGCUAGUAAAAGAGAGAUUAUGCAAAAUACGAAGCCUCCUGUCAUGUGGUAAAAUUUUGCAACAGUUUGAUUUUAAUCUUGCACAAUACUUGAUACUUUUUGCUGCACUUUAAUUUUGCACAGAAAGAAAUUGGAGCACAGGGCCCUAAACACAGUAUUAUUCACUGCAUAUUGUAUAGCAAUGCAUUAUUCAGUAUAGCUUAAAUAUCACUGCAUUAUUUGCUGCAUACUAAUACUGCAUUAUCCACGUAUAUCACAUUGCACUGUAUUCCUCAUUACAUAUUACACAAUACUACAUUAUUCAUUGCACAUUAUACAUUGCACCUUACAUAUUACUGAAUUAUUCACUGCACGUUAAAUAGUACUGUAUUAUCACCUGAUAUUGCAUAGCACUGCAUUAUUUAAUGUAGAUCACAUUGCACUAUAUUAACUUCAUAUUACAUUAUACUGCAUUAUUCAUUGCUCAUUACACAUCACUGCAUAUUACACAGCACUGCACUAUUGACUGCACAUCACAUGGCAUUGCAUUAUUCAUUGCACAUUACAUAGCACUGCCAUUAUGUAUUGCAUAUUACACAGCAAUGAUAUAUGCAUUGCAUUUUAGACAGCACUGCAUUAUUCAUUGCAUAUUACAUGUAAUUGUGUAUUACCCAGCACUGCAUUAUUCAUUGUACAUUAUACAGCACUGCAUUAAAGGGACACUAAAGGCAUAAAAACAAGAAGUUUGGUGUAUAGAUGAUGCCCCUGCAGUCUUACUGCUAAAUUUAGGAGUUAACACAUAUUUCUUAACUCCCACAACUCCCCUGACUGUGACUGACACAAUGACUGACACAGCCUGCAUAAAUAGUUUAAUUUUCAAUCAGAGUUAACUUGCUUUAGAAGUUUUUAUCUCCUGCUCUGUAAAUUGAAGUAAAAUCACACAUAGGAGGCUCUAGUAUGCUAUAAACAGGAGCAGGAGAUACAUUUUAGAUUAAACAGACUGUAUAAUAAACCUAAAACACAGAGGUUCCAUUACAGGAAGGCACUGCAAGUUUCAUGCAGGGAGGCGUGAUUAGAGCUGUAUAAGCAAAAAGUCAUUUAACUCUUAAAUGUCAGAAAAUUGAGCAGUGACACUGCAGGGGCAUGAUCUAUACACCAGAACUGCUUAAUCGAACUAAAGUUGUUUUGGUGUCUAUAGUGUCCAUUUAACUUCAUAUUACAGAGUGAUGCAUUAGUCAUUGCAUACUACCCACAUUAUACACUGCACAUUACACAACACUACAUACUGCAUUGUUUAUUGCACAUUACGUAGCAUUGCAUUAUUUAGUAUUAGACAGCACUCAUGCAGAUUGAAUAAUAUCAUUUAAUUAUCUUGCGGGGCAGGCCUAUGAAUUUAUUGCGUGUGGUACUCGGCGUUCACAAUUUGCGUGCUCCAGACAAAUUUGUGCAGGUGUUUAGUGUACAGGAAUCCGUUCAACACCCAGAGUACAAUCGUAACACAUUUCAGAAUGACAUUCAACUGCUAAAGGUAAGAAAAGUGUCUUGUCAUUGUGUAGUCCUAGCGUACAGGAAGAUGCAUUAAUACAUUUUGAUUUUGUUCUUGUUUUAGAAAUAAUAUUGCAUUGUCUCUUAUUUUCCCCUAGCUAAAUGAUUCUGUUCCUGUGUGUCCUUAUGUGAAUACAUUGAAAGUACCCUGUGCCAACUCAGAUAUAUCCCCUGGCACUCCCUGCUCAGUGGCUGGGUGGGGCUUUAUCUCUGAUUUUGGUGUUGAACCAAAGGCUUUAAUGGAGGUGGAUGUGGAUGUAAUUACCCGUUCGGCAUGCAAUUCUUCCUGGGAAGGAGGCAUCUAUGAAAGUAUGCUGUGUGCUGCCAGCCCUGGGCAGAAAGCUAAAGGUUUCUGUUCUGUAAGUAUUAAAGAGACACAUUUUCAAAUAUAACCUAUUUUUAUUAUUCUGGAUUUUCUAUGAGCCAUACUAGGCACAUUUUGUUUCUUCAAGGCCAUAGUCAACACAGGAGGUAAGUGAGUUCAGUGAAACUGCAGUCACAUCCAGUUUUCCUUCUUCUUUAUCGGUUCUUUAUAUUUUGUUUUGAUCAUGCAUCCACUCUGCUACUCAUGCCUUUUGUCAUAAUGAAACCCCUGUAUAGUAUGGUCUAGGCAAGCUGAGAGCAGGCAAACAGCCGGUUUAUUUUUAUAAUGGCACAAGAUGAGCUAAAGCCAGCUUGAGAGCUGAGCGGGGGCCCACCGAAUGGCAGGCUAUUUGAGCUGUUGGCAGUUCACAGUGUUCUCUUGCACCCUGUUUUAUGCUUUCUGUAGGUGUGCUGUGAUGAAACUGUGACCCAAACAGACCAUAUCUUUUUUUAUUUUUCCCUAUUUAUCCUGUUUGUGCUGAAUAUUAAACAAUGUUGUGCUCUUGCCUGCAGGGUGAUUCUGGAGGGCCCCUUGUAUGUGAAAACCAAGUUCAAGGAGUGGUAUCUUUCUCUGGAAUACGGUGUGGGAAUCCAUUCUUCCCAGAUGUAUACACUCGUGCAGGAUCUUUUCUGGCAUGGAUCCAGAAAGUAAUAGGGAUAUCUUGCUAUUAGCAUUACGAGAACGGAUCAAUGGGUCAUAUGGCAAACUGCAUCUCUAAAUGAAUAAAAUUAUGUGUAUGUAUUAUUAAUGCUGUCACUUCAUUGUAAAGUACCACUCAUACUACUUAUUCAUAUUGUGUUAGGGCCAUAAUGACAGACUUGCUAACAGGCAACAUUGUUAGUGUUUUAGUCUCUGAAAAAACAUGGAAUUCACAAAAUUCAUUGAAGAAUCCAAGUCAUUAUAUUCCAUAGAGAAUGUAGUAAACAACUUCUCAACAUUAGACAAUCAUUCAUACACUUUCAGAUUCAACAGUAAUUUCUAAGUGUGAUGGUGGCAUGUGUCAUCAAGUAAAUACAGCAUGUGUUAACAUACAUACAAUGUAUAGAUAAAUACAGUCCUGUAAUACAGUUCUGUAAAUACAUACAAUAAAUAGUCCUGCAUUGUCAGUUUGUGUCAAACAAAGUUGUGUAUCAUUUACUUAUGUAUCUCUAGGAAAUUUGUUGAUGCUGGAAAGGAAAUUGAUAAUAAUAAGAAGAAUAAAAUGUUUGUAAAAUAAAGCACAAUAAAAUAUUAUUAUAUUCUGUCAGACAGAAAAUGUACGUGACAAUUCAGCCACUGAUGAAGCUCACAGGAACAUUUAACUCACUUUAGCAAUUAUCGUCUGCUCUGUUAAUUAAUCCCUUAAGGACGGAGCCAAAUGUACACGUUGUGAACAAAACAAAAUGUAAACAAAACCUGGCAUUUGCGCUACAUGUCUGUCCAACCGUAAUUCACCUGUUUCAUAGUAAAUGCACCCACCCUUAUUAUAUAUCAUUUUAUUCAGGGGAAACAGGGCUUUUAUUUAAUAUCAAAUAUUUAGCUAUGAAACAUAAUUUAAUAUGAAAAAAAUGGGAGAAAAUACGAUUUUUUAAAAAGUUUUUUAAUUCUACAUGACAUUUUAACGGUCAAUGUCAUAAUACUGUUUGCCUUUACUGCAAUAAAAU